GCCUGGGCCGGACUGAUGGGGGCACGCUGCAGGGCUAUGGCGGAGACUAACGGCCCCCUGCAGCUGCUGGAGGUGUGCAAGCAGAGGCUGUCCCGAUUCCUCCAUGAUGCUGAGCACAAGCACUUGGUCUGGCUGCGGGAGGUCGAGGAGCAGGGCAUGAGGAUGUUGGAUAGCAACUUUGGGGCUGAACCCGAAUUAAUGUCCAAAACACCCUCCCAGAGGAGGCGUCCCAAGAAAAGGCAACCCUCCUGCCUGAAAGAGGACAGUAAGGAGCCCAGCAGGAGGAGGUCGUCCAGGAGGAGAAGCAGCACCAAGCUAGGGCUGUCCAAGCCAAGUUCCCAGCGGCGCCUCAGCAAACUGCCACCCCAGGACCCCAGCCAGGAGGCAGAGGUGCCCACACCCAGCUGCUCGGUGGAGCCCCAGGCCAGCCUUGCAGCUGAGUGCCCAGUGCUGACUGGAACACAGCCACCAGAAGCACCAGUUCCUGUGGUGGAGACGGGUCCUCAGGGUGCCCCCUGUGAGGCUGGCACUAGGGAGCAGGUGCCCUGGGGGAAUGCAGCCCCUGAGCUGCCUGAGGCCUCUCCUAUGGCUGCCAUCUCUACAGCCAGGGAGGAGGAGAGUCCCGGAACAGUCAGAACCUCCACUCCCAAGGCUGCUGGAGAUGCUGCAAUGCUCCACAGACAUCAGUCUCCUCAAGGCCUGCCCCUCCAGGACUCCAACAGCAAAGCAACCCCAGGGAGACCAGACCCACGCCGCUGCUCGGGGCACCGAAGGAGCCGCAGAGCCUCCCUGGCAGGGAGACGCUCGCUGGGCAGCAGGAGGAAGAGCAUCAUCCACAGGUCUGUCAGCAGGGGCAUCUCCAGGAAGGCAGCAGCAAGAGAGUCCUCCUCAUCCUCAAGCUGCCAAAGCUCUGUGGAGGGGGUUGUGGAAGAUGAUGUGACUAGCAGCACCAGACCCAGGCUGGAACCCAACCCCCCAGGUGUAGAGGCUCCUGAUGACAUCCCUGCCUCGAGCAGAAGCAUGCAGGCUGCCAGCCCCUUUGCUCAGUGCUCCGUUCCUCAGCACCAGGAAGGAAGCUGUGCUGGUCUGAGCAGUGAGCCCCAGAAAGAGAGCCAGGAACCACCUCACUGUGCCAAGCCCCAGGAGAACCCCCCACACACAUGGACAAGAACCUGCAGGCAGGCAGUGGGUGCCCUCUGGAGCAGGCCACAGCGUCACGUCCUGUCCCCACUGGAUGACAAGCAGAAGAGUUCAGCAAACCAGACCCCAUCUUCCUCCUCCCCAGCCAGCAAGGUGGUCAGGCCACUGAAGAACUUCCUGCAGGCUGUGCAGCACAACCAGCUGCUGGCCAGCCCGGGGCCCUCUGGGCAGGGUGGGGGCAUCAAGAGCUUCAUCAGGCGCAACACCCCCACCAGGCCCAAUGUCAAGGGAGACUUUGUUGAGAGGGAGCGGCAGAGGCUGGAAAGCCUCAGAAAGAAGCAGGAGGCUGAGGAACAGAGGAGGAAGAAAGUGGAGGAGGAGAAAAGACGGCGUCAGGCAGAAAUGAGGCAGAAGAGGGAAGAGCGGCUGAGGAAGGCGCUGCAGGCUAAGGAGCGGGUGGAGCAAAUGGAGGAGGAGAAGAAGAGGAGGAUGGAGCAGAAGAUACUGCAGAGUGAUGAGAAGGGUGGUGGAAGAGACCUGUGGCUUUCUCAGGUACGUCCCUCACACCUGCGGGAUGAGAAGGUGGCAGAGGAGCGGAGCAAGAAGAAGGUGUCCAAGAAGCUGGAGGAGGCUGAUGCGCGGAAGCAGAAAGCGCCAAGGAGGGAGGAAAAUGAUCUUGAGAAGCAAGAACCACUGCAGAAGAGAGAGGAUGAGGUGAAAGGAAAGAAGGUCUGGGAACUGAGAAGUCUUGUAGAGCAGCGACAGGUGGAAUACAUGAAGGAGAGGGAUCACAAACAGCGAUGGAGAGAGAAGGUCCUCCAAGUCCAGCUGGAACCAGUGGGGUUCGCUGAGAAGAACAAAAAGGAGGAAGAGAGCCCCAAACUGCUGCAGCAGCUGCCUGGGCAGGAGAAGAGAGACAAGCCAGCAGAACUUGCUGCUGUGGCUUCAAACCCCUGGCUCAGAGCAGCAGCGAAGGAGGAUGCUCUGCAGGAGCCCCAGCAGCUGGGAAAGGAGAAGAAAAUCAAGGAAGCAGAAGCUCUGCCUGCUGCCUGUGACACGUGGCUGAGCAAAGCGAUGAAGAAGUCUUUCUCUUCCUCCUGCCUGGGGUCCUCAAAGGUGGAUGCAAACAACUAUGGGAUGGAUCUGAACAGUGAUGACUCCACGGACGAUGAGAGCGAGCCCCGGAAACCUGUCCCUGCCUGGGCCGAGGGGUCUCAGCUAAACCAAGCCGUUGUGCACCAGUACUACCACCCGGUGGACGUGGACGAGAUCUUUGGGCUGAUCCUCAGCCCCAAGCUGGAGGACAUCUUCGGCAAGAGCAAGCCUCGGUACUUCAAGCGUACCAGCUCGGCCGUCUGGAACUCCCCACCCGGCGUCCAGCCCACCUGCAGCUUCAAACCCUGAGGGCACAGAGCCUUGUCGGAGGGCAGCGUGGGCGGUGGUUGUGUGCUCUUGGUGCCUGCCUACGAUUUUAAGUUGUUUUGGUUGGUUUUGCACAGAAAUAAAUUAUUAAUAUAC